UGCUGCACAGUACAGUGCGGCUACUCCUACUGCCGGUGCUGUGUGCGUUCUAUGACCAUGGACCCCAAGGGCCAACUGCAAUGUCCUGAGUGCCGCUGUGCCGUGGAUGGGAACAUCCCUCCAUCCAAUGUUAGCCUGGUCAGGAUCGUGGAUGUGCUGCAGGAGAUGAGUGGGCAAAAGAGGGCUCAGCCAGAGACAUACCCCAAGCACGAAAACCCCCUGAUCCUCUACUGUGAGGAGGACAAGAUGGUCAUCUGUGGGCUGUGUGGAAGCAUCGGGGCUCACGACGGCCUCAAGAUCACCCAGGUCAGCAGCGUCUACAGCCGCAUGAAGGUAAGCACUCACACCUUGGCUGAUCACUAUCACUUGACCACUCACACCUGA